AUGUUACUCGUCACCACCCUCAUGCCACUCCUCACCUCCGACAGGUUACUCCUCACCACCCUCAUGCCACUUCUCACCUCCGACAGGUUACUCCUCACCACCCUCAUGCCACUCUUCACCUCCCGAUGUUACUCCUCAACACCCUCAUGCCACUCCUCAUCUCCCCAUGUUUCUCCUCACCACCCUCAUGCCACUCCUCAUCUCCCCCAUGUUUCUCCUCACCAACCUCAUGCCACUCCUCACCUCCCCCAUGUUAAUCCUCACCACCCUCAUGCCACUCCUCACCUCCUCCAUGUUACUCCUCACCACUCCUCAUGCCACUCCUCUCAUCCCCCAUGUUACUCUCUUGACUAUACACAAGGUGAUGAGGAGUAA